UUGUCUGCUUGAAGGAAGGGUGAAUGUUGCAAUUAGAAAGUUUGAAUUAGCAUUGGAGUAGCCAUGAAGUCUGCAGAGUCAAUAAGUGAGGAUAUCUGCAGAGAGGUGGCCUGGCCUCUGUUUCCUGCAGGCCCCUCUUUUUAGGUGGUGUUAACUGGCACCUGUUUGCUUGCUGUCUGGAGUUCUCCUGUUUCUGAGUGCUGGACACAGAAUCUUAUCUGAAAAUGCAGAAAUGCUGGGCCAUUCACACCUGCUUCAAGCAGACAAGGGUUCUUUCUCCCACCCUGGACAUUAUUCCAAAGGGAUAGAGACACUCCACUUGCUUCAUUGUCCAACAAAACCUCUGAAGACUCUGAUGUCCUGGGUAUUUACAUUUUCAACCUGACCCAUGAAGAGAAAGGGGGAAAUCAUGGGGGUAAAGAAAGCUUCUCGCCUUCAUCCUUGAUCUUUUGCUUCUUUCUUAACCAGGUAAAUGAAGAUUCUAUGGAGCCACACCUUGGAUGCAGCAAUGAAAUCAAUAAUCUAGGUGAUGGUCUUGCUGAAAUCUUGACCUCACAUACAGAUAAGGAAGGAAAAAAGAUGACUGAAGCUUCUGUAUUGCAAUUAAACACCCAUAUCAUGGCUGACAUGAAGGAGAAAGCGUCCAUAUGCCUGGAAUAUGGGAAGAGUUUCACUCAGAGGAGUUAUUUCAAGCAACAUCAAAGGACUCACACGGGGGAGAAAAUCUAUAAAUGCCUAGAGUGUGGGCAGAGCUUCUCUGAGAGUUCAGAUCUACGUAGACAUCAAAUGAUUCACACUGGGGAAAAGCCCUAUACAUGCCUGGAGUGUGGGCAGAGCUUCAGUAGGAGUGGAAAUCUACGUUCACAUCAAAGGAUUCACACUGGGGAGAAACCCUAUACAUGCCUGGAGUGUGGGCAGAGCUUCACUCAUAGUUCAACUUUACAUAAACAUCAAAGGAUUCACAAGGGGGAGAAACCCUACACAUGCCUGGAGUGUGGAAAGAGUUUCACUCAGAGUUCAAAUCUACUUUCACAUCAAAGGAGUCACACAGGGGAAAAACCCUAUACAUGCCUGGAGUGUGGAAAGAGCUUCUCCGAGAGUUCAAGUCUACGUUCACAUCAAAUGAUACACAUGGGGUGGAAACCCCAUACAUGCCUGGAGUGUGGGCAGAGCUUCAGUAGGGGUGGAAGUCUACGUUCACAUCAAAGAGUUCACACUAGGGAGAAACUCUAUACAUGCCUGGAGUGUGGGCAGAGCUUUACUCAGAGUUCACAUCUACAUUCACAUCAAAGGAUUCACAAGGGGGAGAAACCCUAUACAUGCCUGGAGUGUGGAAAGAGCUUCACCCAGAGUUCAAAUCUACAUUCACAUCAAAGGACUCACACGGGGGAAAAACCCUAUACAUGCCUGGAGUGUGGAAAGAGCUUCACUGAGAGUUCAAAUCUACGUUCACAUCUAAGGAGUCACACGGGGGAGAAACCUUAUACAUGCCUGGAGUGUGGAAAGAGCUUUGCUGAGAGUGCAGAGCUAUGUUCACAUCAAAGGACUCACACUGGGGAGAAACCCUAUACAUGCCUGGAGUGCGGAAAGAGCUUCACUAUGAGUGCAAGUCUACGUUCACAUCAAAGGAUUCACACUGGGGAAAAACCCUAUACAUGCCUGGAGUGUGAGAAGAGCUUCUCUAGGUCUUCUGAUCUAGAAAAACAUAGAAGGAUUCACACUGGGGAGAAACCCUAUACAUGCCUGGAGUGUGGAAAGAGCUUCACUCAGAGUUCAAACCUACAUAAACACCAAAGGGUUCACAUGGGGGAUAAACCCCAUAAAUGCCUGGAUUGUGGACAGAACUUCUCUCAAAGUGGAAGUCUAUGUUCACAUCAAAGGAUUGUCACUGGGGAGGAACCCUAUACAUGCUUGGAGUGAGGAAAGAGCUGCACUGAGAGUUCAGGAUUCACACUGAGGGAAAAUCCUAUAAAUGCCAUGAGUGAUGACAGAGCUUCACCCAUUGUUCAUAUUUACGUUCACAUCAAAGAACUUACACUGGGAGAAACCCUAUAAAUGCAUAGUUGUGUUUAAAAAGAUUAUCUGAGAAUGGAAAUCUGCAUAGACAUCAAAGGACUCACACUUGGGAGCAACAUAUAUGCUUGGAGUGUGGAAAUAGCUUCAUUCAUAGCUCAGGUCUACAUUCACAUCAAAGAACUCACACUGGGGAGAAACCCUAUAAACACAUAGUGUGUGGGAAAAGCUUCUCUGAGAGUAGAAAUCUACAUAGACAUAGAAUCCACACUGGAGAGAACAGUGGUGUUUGACCCCAAAGAGAGUUUCCCAGAUAGAGCUUUCCAGAGUUUUCAUGUUGGUGGAACACUUUUUAGACAUGCAUCCUUUUGUGACACAGUUGAACUAGCAAAUCAGAGGUUAAACAAUCUCAUAUAAGAUAUUCAAUAUAAUACUAUAUCAUAUAAUACUAGCUUUACCCAGCCACGUGUUGCUGUGUCCCAUUUUGGAGAAAUGGGAAAGAAAGAAAAGAGGAAGAGCUGGUUUCUAAGCUAUCCAAACACAACGGAAGUGGCAAGGGAAAGGAAGGGGGUGGAUCUGGAGGAAGGUGUCCUCUCUCUCUCCCUCCCUCCCUCUCUCUGAAUCCUUUGGGAAGAGAGGGGCAGGGGGUAGCAAGAGGGAUAUAUGGGCCACCUUUCCCUCCCUCUCUCAAGCCGCCUCUCUCUCAGCUGUUGGUAUUUUUCCCCUCGUGCAGGAGAGAGGGGCUGGGGAUGGUGUUCUUUUAACACAUGCUCUGUAUAGUCAUUUAGGUUUUUGGGGUUUAAAGUUCUUUCCGGUUAAUUUUUUAAUUUUUUGAAUGAAGGGCAUACAUUGCUUUAGUUGAUGUCUUUUACUUAUAUAUAGAUAAUAAUAUAGAGAGAGGCAUUUGACAUGAGGUAUAGCUUUUAUCCUAGAACUGUAAGUAUACAGAACUCUGUGGUUUCACAUUAAUUUUGCAUUGGGGGUUGUGUGGUGGUGGUGGUUGGGGUGUGGAGGGACGCGUGUGUUGGUUUUGUGAUGUGUGCUAAGGAAAGCAUAGUGAUAGUGAAAGGAAUGUACUAAUUGGCAAGCCGAGAGAGGACCAGACACUCUUUGAUGGGAAAAGUCAAAGAGUCAAAAAGUCAAAUCAAUCAACAUCGCCACCUGGAAGGGAGUAGAAGACGGUCCAAAACUUUAAGAGCAAAAACGGGUCAGGGAGAGGUUUCCCAAGGGAAACGGAAUAAUUUUGCUAUGGCUUUCUGAAUAAAUAUAGGGCCUGUGAAUCUAUACUCUUCAGUGAGUUCAACGUUUGGUUUUCAUGUGUAACCAUGCCAUUUGUUUCAUGCCUGGUAUCCAUGCCAUCUUGUUCAUGCUAAGAUUCCUGUUUACUUCUGCCCGAGAUUCAUGUUCAUGCUGAGAUUCUUGUAUGUGGUUGGCCCUGGUUACAAGCUCCUGCAUUGGGAUGUAAUGGUUCAAGUUUGCUGCUGUUUCUUCAAGGGACUUUGGUCUUUGCAACCUUUUGGAACUGAAUGACUCUAACUCCUGUGGACUUGUUGAUUGGAUUUUUGCAACCCUCCUGGUUCCUGACUGAUAAUUGACUGUCUUAUUUUACUUUGCUCAACUGACUGUUUUGUGGACAUUUCUUUAUUACUUGUUUGAAUGCUUUUUACCUUUUUUGGCUGUUGCUAUAUUAAUCCUCAAUAAAUUGCUUUGCUAUAAAAAA